UGACGUUGUCCACCUAUCGAGUGACGCAUGCGCAGAGCCUCACAGCACCAUCAGGAUCAACAGGAGCAGCAGCAGCAGCCACCGCCGUCGUUUAGACAGGAGCUGUCGUUUUGUUUAUUUCAAACAAAAUAACAUUUUCUCCACGAUGUCGGGAUUUGACAGCAACCCCUUCGUCGAUCCAGUGGACGUAAAUCCCUUUCAGGAUGCCUCAGUCACACAAGCCACCAGCAGAGCCACUGAAAGCAUCGGGGAGUUCAACCCGUUCUCUGCAACUGAAAUGGGAAAAAACUCUGACACGACCAUCCCCAUCUCUGCUGCCUCAUCUCAACCCGCCGUACUACAGACCUCUGUGGAGCAGAGUGCACAAGCAACUGUAAAUGCUGGCCAGGCUAACCUGAUCAAACAGCAGGAGGAGCUGGAGAGGAAAGCAGCUGAGCUGGAGAGGAAGGAGCAGGAGCUGCGGAACCAGGCAUCAACCACAGGCGCCAAAGAGAACAAUUGGCCACCUCUUCCCAAGUUCUUCCCUGUGAAGCCGUGCUUCUAUCAGGACUUUGAGCAGGAGAUCCCAGACGACUACCGCAGGAUCUGCAAGAGAAUGUACUACCUCUGGAUGUUCCACAGUGCCACUCUGUUCCUCAACGUGUUGGCCUGCCUGGCUUACUUCACUGCAGACUCUUCGCACGGUGUAGACUUUGGUCUUUCCAUCCUCUGGUUCAUCCUCUUCACCCCUGUGUCUUUUAUCUGCUGGUACAGGCCUGUUUACAAGGCCUUCAGGUCCGACAGCUCCUUCAGCUUCUUUUUCUUCUUCUUUGUCUUUUUCUUCCAAGUGGCAGUGUACGUCAUCCAGACUGUGGGGAUCCCCAGUUGGGGAAACAGUGGAUGGAUUGUGUCCAUCAGCAUGAUCGGCAAAAACUUGGCUGUGGCCGUGGUUAUGAUGGUGGUGGCCGGUUUUUUCACCGUGAACGCCGUCCUGGGCGUCAUCUUACUGAAAAUGGUUCACUCAAAGUACAGAAGGACAGGUGCCAGCUUCACUAAAGCCCAGCAGGAGUUCUCCCAGGGAGUCCUGACCAACCGAAACUUCCAGACUGCUGCAGCCAGCGCUGCCACCUCCGCUGCUCAGGGAGCCUUUGGCAGGCCCCAAGGAAACUAGGCCCUCCCCUACAUCCUUGGUGACUCAGACUAGUCUUUUCUCUGAUCAAUGUACCAGAUUAGUCUGAGCUCUCGUCAUUGUUUUGGGGGGGGGGGGGGGGAUGGGGGUGUGAUUAUUUAUUGAAAAGCACCUAAAAAAACAAAUAUCUUAUAACCAGGAACAAUCUUGUUGCUGCAUAUUUGUGGCUUAUGGUCAACAGAUCAGCCUAGUGAGGUGAACCCAAUUCUCUCCACAUAUUCCACAUAUACACUUUUAAGGAGAUUGUGGCACAGAAGACAAGCUCAAAGUCUUAUACAAGCAUGUAAUGUCUAUUUGCACUUCCCCACUACUAAUAAUAUAAUAUACAGCAUGUUCAAAUAUCAGGCUAUCAAAAGUUAUUGUAGGAAAUUACUAACUGAAGCUGAAUCAGGAGGCAAAGUGGGUAUGACAAAAGAAAGAAAUGUGCAACACCUCAUCACAAAAUAACUGAAAUGCAUGUAAAAUUAGACAGAUUAAGGGUAUAAAUAUGAAAGUGUCCGAGGUGCACUGCUACAAAGAGCUGUGGCCUAGUAAAGGUACUUUUAUUUAAAUCCUGUCACUGUUAAAGUAUUGGGACUUUUACUAUCCAUCUCACUGUUAGUGUAGAGAUAACACUCUGGGGCCUCAAAGAUAAACACUGUGUGUAGAGUUUGGAAUAUAUAAAAAAAGCAUAUUUGACCUGAGAAUGUUUUUCUGUCAAUGAAUGAUGGAUCCCUAUAAUGUAUGUCUACAUAUUUUUGUCAUUACAGCAGCACAUAAAGCUUUACAGGGUAACCAGUCUUUAACUCUAACAAAUGUUAAUACAUGGAGUACUCUUUAUGGCGCUAAAUUCUGAUUGUUUCAUAGUUCCUGUUUUCUCAGGCAAUCAGACUAGUUGCCCUGUAAAAUGAGAUGCAGCCUGACGAUUGUACGGAAGUGAGAAAUGAAGGUUGUACUGUAACACAACAUGUUGCACUACCGAUGAACAGAGUUGCUGUUUGAUUGUUGCUCACUGAAUUUUAUGUUUUCCCAUGUGUAUAAUACUGUAUAGGAUAAGCUGAUGCUUAGUGAAGGGUGAAGGGAUGAAGGAUUUUCUUAUUACUGUUUUAAUCAGCUUUCUGGUUUAGAUGAAGUGAGACAAAAAGCUCUUCAGAUGGUCAAUUGAAGACAUGGUGUAACUGGGGUGUUGCAUUUUAAUUCAUGUUGAGUUGUAAAGAUUACUAUACUGUUUUCUGACAUAAUAUGGAGCUUAGCCAUGGUGAAAAUGAAAGACAGGGUGCAGGUUUAUUUAUGUGAUGUUACUGACAUUAACUGAAUUCAGGUGUAUUUACCAAGGAAGAGUGCAUUAAUGAGCAGAAAGAACACACUGUUUAUCUGUUGAUUAUACAUUUGUUUGACUUUGCAACAGUAGGAAUUGUAUUGCAGACCAAAGUCACGUGUUACUGAAUAGUCGCAGAUAGUUUGUAUUUUUUAACAGCACCUACUUAUUGUUAGGUAUUAGCUUUUUCAUAUUUUUACUUGUGAAUAGAUACACUGUAAAAUUCUAAAAUCUUUUGUUGCUAUAACACUGAAUCACUGUUUAAUUAUAACCUCGGUGCCUUCAGCAGAUCCUACCAAUGUUUGUGUGGGGAUUUUUUUUGCACAAGGCUGUUAGUUAUUAGUGUUUUGUCUUAUUUUUGUUUGUCUUUACAUAAGGAUUUGUUUUAUGAAGUUUCUCCUUGAUCAGAAUGUGUAUUAGGGUUUGUUGUAUAUACUGGGAAUCUAUUUAAAAUAUAUUUACAGGAGGGGUAUUGUUGGAAAUCGGUUUUCAGUCUUAACAGUCAAUAAAUUGUUUGUUCUAUUUUAAAGAUUUGGACUGUGUUUAAUACUGUUGGCUCAUUAAAGAUUUUUCAUUUA